UCUUGUCAUCCUUCCCUCUAUUUUCUUUCGCCUUGAUCAUAAGAUAACGUUUCGGUUCUCAGCGCCAAUAUCAGAAGAUGAGCCCGGGAGGAUUGCAUUUUGAGUUCCUGCCAAUGUCGUCUAUUUGAUUAUAUUCCAUACCUACCGUUUGUGUCUGUUUUUCAAGAACCCUUUAUCCUCGCGGGAUGGUGUUGUAGGGAUGCAACCUCAGGACCAUACGGAGAUUCAAUCCCGACAAGAGCCUUCCUUCUUGAAUCCUCAGGAAUACACAUUGAUCCAGAGCCUUCUCGAUCCCAUACUACGACGAUCCAACCUGUCGUUGGCACGAAUCGAGCCUCUGUCUCUGUCCCUUUAUCCUGUUUAUGUCGCUCGCCUCAGCAAUGGGUCUAACCUUCUUGUCAAGUUUGGCCCAGCACCUUCGGCACGGCUUCUGCGGUUGGAAAAGCGAGGUUUAGAAAACGAGAUUCUUGCUCUCCGAGCGAUCAUUUCUCAGUCAACUCUUGCAGUCCCAAGGAUAUCUGGACCAGAUGAAAUGCUCACCAUCAGCCCGACUUUUCCCAUGCCCCUAUCGUCAUUGACGCAUACCAUCCUGACGUGCCCAUCAGGGACUCCUCUGCCGUCACUCUUCCCUCCUGGGAUGUCCCGAUGUCAGAUCCCCACUCCCGGAAUGUUGAUCCAAGGUCUCUCACCGACGUUCUUAGCGACGCUGUACAGAACAUUAGGAGCCGCUUUCCGAGAACUUGUCCAGGUUCAUCCGGAAGACCCGGGGAUAUGGGGAUCAAUACCUUCGCGACGAGGUUCCGCUACCACCUUGGCCGCCAAAGGGCCCAGUGGGUCAGACGGCGCCGGGUCGAACACUUCAUGGCAGGCCGCCUUUCUUUCUAUGAUGGAAGCCUCGCUGCGAGAUGCUGAAGAUAUGCUUGUCAGCAUCCCAUACGAUGCGAUCCGUGUACAAAUCGCGCAACAUUCAUCUUCACUAGAGUCAUUCCGAGAACCUUCUGCGCUUGUUCCUCUGGAUGUCCUAGACGCAGCAAAUGUUAUGGUCGACGAAAGGACUGGCGAAGUUGUGGGCUUGUCCGGGCUUGGACCUUGCGUCUGGGGUGACAUUCGAGUGGGGCAUUGGGUCGCGGAAUGGGAGAACUUGACCGAAUUCUGGGAAGGCUUCGGUACCCUACCGAAAAACGAAAGAGAUGGGAAAGAAGGAGUCCGGUAUUUGUUGUAUACCGUAUACCGGUCAUUGACUGCCAUAAACAGGCACUAUUAUCGUCCGGAUGAGGGCGGCGAUGAACUUGAUCCCCGAAGGACAUUGACCUGGGCAUUGAACCAGCUUGCUGCAUUGACCUAAAAUACUCAGCGUAGUAAUCUGUACAGUCACAAAUAGGUAUGCUGUUUUAGAAGGGAGAAGAGGACAUGGCAAGUCGUUUCUCCUUCCGAGUACAGCACGAAAAGAAUCAGAGAAUUCGUUCUCGUUAAGGAUGAACUUGCACAUAUGCACUUGAGAAACUAGUGCAUGGCGUUAAAGGGGACCAACUCAUGGGCAGAAUUCAAUAGAUCGCAAAGGGACCCG